AUGAGCUGUCUGGAUGUUAUGUACCAAGUCUAUGGUCCUCCCCAGCCUUACUUUGCAGCCGCCUACACCCCCUACCACCAGAAACUAGCCUAUUACUCCAAAAUGCAGGAAGCCCAAGAGUGCAACGCCAGCCCCAGCAACAGCAGCGGCAGCUCCUCCUUUUCCAGCCAAACUCCAGCCAGCAUAAAAGAGGAAGAAGGCAGCCCAGAGAAAGAGCGCCCACCAGAGGCAGAGUACAUCAACUCCCGCUGCGUCCUCUUCACCUAUUUCCAGGGAGACAUCAGCUCCGUGGUGGAUGAGCACUUCAGCAGAGCCCUGAGCCAGCCUAGCAGCUAUUCCCCAAGCUGUACAAGCAGCAAAGCACCCAGGAGCUCGGGGCCCUGGCGGGACGGCUCCUUCCCGAUGAGCCAGCGCAGCUUCCCCGCCUCCUUCUGGAACAGCGCGUACCAGGCUCCGGUGCCCGCGCCGCUGGGCAGCCCGCUGGCCACCGCGCACUCGGAGUUGCCCUUCGCCGCCGCCGACCCCUACUCGCCUGCCGCGCUGCACGGCCACCUGCACCAGGGCGCGGCCGAGCCCUGGCACCACGCGCACCCGCACCACGCGCACCCGCACCACCCCUACGCCCUGGGCGGCGCCCUCGGCGCCCAGGCCGCCGCCUACCCGCGGCCCGCCGCCGUGCACGAGGUCUACGCGCCGCACUUCGACCCGCGCUACGGGCCGCUGCUGAUGCCGGCAGCCUCGGGGCGCCCGGCCCGCCUCGCGCCCGCGCCGGCGCCCGCGCCCGGCAGCCCGCCCUGCGAGCUCUCCGCCAAGGGCGAGCCGACCGGCGCAGCGUGGGCCGCGCCCGGGGGACCCUUCGCGAGCCCCGCGGGGGACGUGGCCCAGGGUCUGGGACUCAGCGUGGACUCAGCUCGUCGCUAUUCCCUCUGUGGUGCAUCCCUCCUGAGCUGA